AUGAGUGUCUCCGAUCCUCAGUCCCGACCCUCGAUAUCUUUUGCACACCCUCGCGACCCUGGCUCGAGGACUAACGGCUCCGAACGACAAGAAAACACGCAAACAUCACACACGUCAAAUGCUCAGGCACUAUCCGCAAAUAAAGGAGAUCAAUCCGUCACCCAAGGAUCGUCACCGCACCCCUGGUCGACGACAUUGGCGACCGCUGACAGUGAAGCAAUUCCUGACUCGCCUCCAUCUUCUUCUCCUGCGAAUGGCAAUAACUCGGUCGUCGUGGAGAAUCCGUCAGCGUUGGCUAGUCAUGGCCCGCCUCCUCCCGUUCCUGCUCCCUACAUUCCGCCGGCGUACUCAAACCCUCCUUUUAACACACACCUCUUUGUUAAGGCACUUGAGAAGACGUUCCCAACGCAAACUGCUAGGAGCUUGAUGCGUGCUACACGUGCGCUGCUGGUUGAUCGCAUAGGGCGGGUGCGGCGGGAAGCGCUGACAACGAAGGACCUCGAAAAUCAAGCUUAUCUGUUCCGGGCAGCCAUCUCUGAGAUGCGCGCCGAAGUAUCCGUUCGACUUCGAAACGAAUCCAGCAAAAUUCAGACUUCAAACGCGGCCCUUCGCCGCGAGAUCGAUCGACUGGACACAAGAAUUAGGGAGAAUGUUGGCCAAUUGAAGCAUGAGAUCCAGAUGGAACUUGAUAGUCGCAAGCACGAGGCUCGAUCAGAGCUCAAGCAGCAAGAUAUCAUAAUUGAGGGCAUGCUGAACAAACAUCUUGUCUCCCUCGGUGAAGCACGAUCCCUGAUGGAAGAGAUUCGUUGGGAUAACCUUAGAAGAUCAGUGUUGACACUUUCCGCCUUCCUUGUCGUCAUUCUCGUUGCAAUGGAACUACGGCCCAAGCCCAAGCCUGCGUCAACGGAGAAGCCUGUAGAAACGAGACAUCCUGAAUCAGAGGGACUGGAAGAGAUGCAAGGAUAUACAUAG